ACAAAACUCAGCCACUUUUUAUCACCUCGUGAGAAGAGUCAUGCCGUCAAACGUCUCCCACCAGCUUCGAUUCCUUACCUCUCUCCCUUCCCAUCCGUGCCAUGGAGAACGUGACCGAGACAAGAAGUGAAGAUGAAGCCGGAGCAGGGCCGGAUCUGAAAAUUUGGAGACUUGAAAUAUUUCUUAACAAUUUUAGGGGUUGGUGUUCAUGUUCUCUAAAUUUUGUGGAGUCCAGGCUAAUGUUUCGAUCCGGCUUUACCCAGAUCCGGCCCCGAGCCGGAGCCACGUCUUGACGCGACCAAUCCCCGAUCUACCUGUUUGAUGACCAUCGGAGAUGUAGCCCUUGUCACCGGGGACGUUUCCGUGUUGUGGGAGAAUGUGUCGCGUCCUUAACCAAGGAGAAGCGUAAGAUCUAGGGCAAGUUUACCUCUUUCUUGUGCACCAAGGUUUCUCUCUUCCAUUAUUAAUCGCUUGCCACAUUGGUUGUCAAACCGUGAUACUCAUGUUACUAUAAUGAUCCCUAAUUGUGUAAUUUGGUCAAGCGUGUCUCUUUUCUUGUUUCUUAAGCAGCAAUUAAUCCUUUCCAUAAACCCUACUUUUAUAUAUAUUAAUUUUAUCUCUUGUUUCGUUUCUUAUUCGAUCUGGUGUGCCUUGGUGAGAAGUCAUAAUGAAUGGUGAAUCUCUUGUCCUUCUUGGUGAUAAGUCAUAUCUUAUGUUUUCUUAUCCUAUUCGGGUUCUCCGAUACUGGUUAAGGUUCAUAAGAGAAGUAAAAGUUCGAUUGGUUUACACAGAUGGCUGUGUAAAGGUUCUACGGCUUGCAUCCAAUCAACCUCAGAGUGUGUCCUGGGAAAAGAAACUUGCAGGCUGUGGGGACGGCAAGUCUUGUCUUUGUACACCAAAUAAUCACACGAGGCCUUUUCCGGGCCCAUUGGGAUAUUACAAUCGACGCAGGUUUUGGCUAGGGAUUUCGAAACACUAUUAGGAUUUUAAAGAAAUGCACAGAUCUGACGGUUGAGAGUAUGCCAACACGCUAAUUUGAGAUCCAAGGGUUAAAAACAUGCGAGGCACAGCUUACAAGUUAUACCUCUCAGCAAAACAUCGCAGUCACAAGAAGAAAGAUCUCUCUCAGAAUUGCUCGAGAAAGUCGCCGAUCGUCAUCGUGGAGCCAUGUUAAAGUUAAAGUCCAAAGUCACAUAUUAUGCGAGCGAUACAUUGUUCUUCUGGAACAUGGAUCACUUCCCAGUCCCUAGGAGUAAAGAUCUUACUAGUGUUCGUAAGAAUAUCAUAGAGGCUCUUGGUAGACUGGGCUUCGUGAAGCCUCCGUUUAUCUGUGUGGAUUGUAAGAAACUCAAUGUUGAGUACGUCCACGAUGCGUUGUUGGUCAGCACCGGAAGGAUCUUCUACGGACCCAAACUCACACAGGCUUACCACAAACUGAAGGCUGAGCCUAGUCUGGAUUUGACUUUGUAUAUGCUUAUUUUAGAAGCAGGCUAUCCAGGUGCAGCUGUUGCUGUAAUAGUCAAACCUUUCUCUGUGACUAGUGAGUUGAGGAGGGUUCUGUCCUGUUUGAAAGCGAGGGGUCACACCGUUCUUCUUGUAGAGCCGCCACCUUAUGUAGAGUUUGACUUUGGUGUUGAUUCUCUUAUUGACAAUGCUCGAUUUUUAGGUGAAGAAAAGCCUAUAAUGCCCCUUUUAAGUUCGGAGAAUGCAAAAGAACUUGCCGCUUGCUUUGCACGUCCGUGGACGGUGGAGUAUUUGGCAACUGAUAGUGAUGAAGAGGAUGAUGUUGAUGAAGAGGUUGAAGAGAGUAGGACCGUCAUCUUCUGGGACGCUAUUGAUUCCCCAUUCCCUAUUUCUCUCUCUCCUGAUCAGAUCUUCGAGAAAGUCAAAUCUGCACUUAUUGGAAGAGCUUAUAGUGAUAAUAUUACAAUCCGGGCCUAUCGUGAAGUAGAAGCGUUUGAAAAGUUUGCUCGUAUGCCGUUGGAUUCAAGGAUCAACUUUUUUCACGGAGACGAUGAAGCCUCGAGACGUAUCAGAAUGCUGAAUGACAUGUAUCUCUUGUCACGUGAAGCUCCUCUGAAGAAUAAUGUAGGAAGUUUGAUCCUAGUCUCGGAUCAUUUCUUUGAUGACCCCUACUACAUGGAGAUGUUUGAAGACAUGAAGGACAGUGGUUACUCUCUUGUCUUGGUCAUUCCAAGUGAGCACAGCAACAUCUCGGAGAGCGCUGAUAAAUGGCCAGGGUCCCUACUCUUUGAUGGAGCACGCUAUUUUGGGGGACCUGAAAGAAGGGUAUUAAAGGUCAUAUGAUAAGCUUUUGUUGCAGCUAGAUGGAAACUCUUGAUUUUGUUGCAGCAUGAUGGAAACACUUAUUGUUUCAAACACUAUGUUCCUCCUAUCUUUCCAUGAUAAACUCUUGUUUUUAUUUUGGUUGACAUGAAAGAAGGGUAUUAAAGGUCA